AUGAGCUCCAGCGGAGUCAACCAGUUGGGAGGCAACUAUGUUAACGGAAGGCCACUUGCGCUAGACACACGGAGAGAAAUUAUUCGCUUGGCAAAGCAGGGAGGUGUUCGUCCAUGCGAUAUAUCAAGGCAACUACGAGUAUCACACGGGUGCGUGAGUAAAAUCCUCACAAGGUUUGAAGAAACAGGCGAUAUCAAACCAGGGGUUAUUGGCGGCUCGAAACCAAAGGUUGCAACGCCUGAAGUUGUGAACAAGAUAACGGAGUACAAACAUGCGAAUCCAACGAUGUUUGCCUGGGAAAUCAGACAGCAGUUAAUAGAUGACCGCAUCUGUGUUCAAGACAAUGUUCCAUCAGUCUCAUCGAUCAACAGGAUCGUUCGCUCCUACUCCUCUGUCAUCCUCAAGAACAACCCAAAUCUAAUCGAACAGGCUUCAAGAGCUUCGGCGCUGGGAACAACGAUUGAAGAACUCCCAUCGGAUAGAAAACGAAGGAAAAACAAGCAACAGCAAGAAGAAAAUGAGCGAGUAAAGAAAAUUAAGCUGAAAGAAGAGCCAUACUAUCCAACUGAUUCAUUCAACGCACGACAGGGUUCUCCUUGCGGGCCCGACUCAAUAGACGGACAGAACUCGGGAACAUCGACUCCUCCGUACGCAGAUGGUGGUUCAGCCGCACAACUUGGACGAAGCCAGACAAAGGGCGACGCGAACGAGUUUCCAGCUGGUUUCUCUUCACUUUACAAGACGUAUGUGGCCAGUCCCGAGCCAGCUCUUGGCGAGCAUGUGGAACCGACGCCAUUGUACUUUCAAGAACAAGGAUAUACAAAUUUCCUCGGAUGGGAUGACAAAAUCUACCAGGAGCAGCUCUACUAA